UAGGCACUAUAUGGGAACUGUCUAACUCUCCAAUAUUUUUAUUUAUUUCGAAAACGCUAGAAGUUAAUGACAAUAAUUUUUUUUGUAUUUUAAACAAUAAGGGUAUGGAUGGAGCCCAACGCACAGGGCUCAUCGUCUUCUUCAAGAGUCACUAGAUUUAUGAUGGAAGGUGUUGGAGCGCGAGUAAUAAGGGGACCUGAUUGGAAAUGGGGCAAGCAGGAUGGGGGAGAGGGUCACGUCGGUACUGUUAGGAAUUUUGUAUCACCUGAAGAAGUUGUUGUAGUAUGGGACAAUGGCACAGCUGCAAACUAUAGAUGCUUAGGAGCAUAUGACUUGCGUAUUCUAGAUAGUGCCCCUACAGGUGUGAAACAUGAGGGGACUAUGUGUGACACUUGUCGUCAGCAACCUAUAGCUGGAAUUCGUUGGAAAUGUGCUGAGUGUAUAAAUUAUGAUCUAUGCUCUGUGUGUUAUCAUGGGGAUAAGCAUCACCUGAGACACAAGUUCUACAGAAUCAGUGCACCAGGAGCUCAGAGAUGUUUGAUGGAACCAAGAAGGAAGAGUAAGAAACAGGCUGUUAGAGGAAUAUUCCCUGGUGCUAGGGUUGUAAGAGGGGUUGAUUGGCAAUGGGAGGAUCAAGAUGGGGGGAAUGGUAGAAGAGGGAAAGUAAAUGAGAUUCAGGACUGGUCUGCGGCCAGUCCACGUUCAGCAGCCUAUGUUGUUUGGGAUAAUGGAGCCAAAAAUCUUUAUAGAGUCGGCUUUGAAGGCAUCGCUGAUCUGAAGGUUCUGAAUGAUGCCAAAGGUCAGAAUGUUUACAAGGAACACUUGCCGCUUUUGGGGGAAUCAGGACCAGGACGCACCGGGCCUCAUGGAUUCCAAGUUGGAGAUCAAGUAAACAUAGAUCUGGACCUGGAGAUAGUUCAGUCUCUGCAGCACGGCCACGGCGGCUGGACUGACGGCAUGUUCGAGUGUCUCAGCAGUACUGGCACCGUCAUCGGUAUAGACGAGGAUCACGAUAUACUGGUCGGAUACCGCAGUGGGAUACGAUGGACCUUCAACCCGGCCGUUCUGACGAAGGUGUGUAGCGGCGGUAUGAGCGCGUCGACCUCGGCGGAGGGUAGUUCUGGAGGCGGGUUCGCUGUUGGUGAUCUGGUUCAGGUGUGCGCUGAUCAACAGAGAGUGAAAGCGAUGCAGAGGGGUCAUGGAGAGUGGGCGGAGGCUAUGGCGCCGACACUUGGCAAAAUUGGUCGCGUGCAGCAGAUUUAUCACGAUAACGAUCUGAAAGUCGAAGUUUGCAACACUUCGUGGACGUACAAUCCUAACGCGGUGACCAAAGUGGCGUCUUUCGAUGGCAGCAUUCCAGGAAAUUCAUCAGGUGAUAGACUUUCUGUGCUGUUAAAGAAACUGUUCGAACCCCACGUGACUGGUAAUGCUAACGAAGAGUUGGUCAAGGCAGCCACUAAUGGUGAUGCUGCAAGAUGUGCGGAGAUACUAGCAAGAACUGAUGGGGGACAGGCUGAUGUGAACGGAGUUUAUGGCGGUCACACGGCUUUAUUGGCAGCGGCUCAAAAUGGACAUGUAGAAGUACUGCGGGUGUUGUUAGAAGCUGGGGCUGAAGCUGACGCUGAGGAUAGGGAUGGAGAUCGAGCAGCGCAUCACGCGGCCUUUGGUGAUGAGUCCGCAGCCUUAAGGGCACUAGCGGCAGCGGGUGCGGACCUUAAUGCGAGGAACAGACGACGACAGACACCGCUCCAUAUAGCUGUGAAUAAAGGACAUCUAGCCGUCGUACGCACUUUGCUCCAAUUGGCUGUACAUCCCAGUUUGCAGGAUUCCGAGGGCGAUACUCCGUUGCAUGACGCGAUAUCGAAGAAGCGUGAUGACAUAUUGACAUUGUUGUUGGAUCACGGCGCUGACAUGACUCUCACCAACAACAACGGGUUCAACUCUCUGCACCACGCCGCCUUGAGGUGCAAUCCAAGUGCUAUGAAGAUCAUGCUGUCCAAGUUGCCUCGCCCGUGGAUAGUCGACGACGCUAAGGAUGACGGUUACACUGCUCUACAUCUGGCAGCAUUCAACAACCACGCUGAGGCUGCCGAACUUCUGGUACGAGCUGGAGCACGCCUGGACCUUCAGAACGCUAACCUUCAAACGGCUCUGUACCUCGCCGUUGAGAGACAACACACACAAAUAGUCCGCCUGCUGAUAACUCAUGGCGCUAAUCCUAAUAUUUGUGAUAAGGAUGGUGACACUCCUCUUCAUGAGGCGCUACGUCACCACACUCUACAGCAGUUACGCAGGCUACAGGACACUCGUGAUACCUCCCUGUUGGGAGGCAUCGCUCACUCAUACGAUAAGAAGUCCUCCGCUUCCAUCGCAUGCUUUCUUGCAGCUAAUGGCGCUGACCUGACAAUCAAGAAUAAGAAAGGACAGACUCCGUUGAAUCUGUGUCCCGAUCCGAAUCUCCGCAAAACGCUAACAACAUGCCGCAAAGAGAGCACUGGCGCGCCAAGUGAAAGCACACCAGAAAGCGAAGAUUCUGCUACAACCGCAACAUUUACUCCACAACCAGGACCUAGCACGGCUCCAACUACGGAAACUCCCACAGAAAAUCCUCCAGCAGAUCCCAGCACAGACGAAUGUCUCGUUUGCUCUGACGCCAAACCCGAUACGCUGUUCCGUCCGUGCGGGCAUAUCUGUUGCUGCAAUGUCUGUGCAGCUAGAGUGAAGAAGUGCUUAGUGUGUCGUUCGUGCGUGUCAUCAAGACAGCGUAUCGGUGAAUGUGUGGUUUGUUCGGAGGCUCCGGCUACUGUUAUGUUCCGUCCUUGUGGCGAUGUAUGCGCCUGCGCACAAUGCGCUCCUCUGAUGCGGAAGUGCGUUGAAUGCCGCACGCCCCUGCAGCCUCCUGCCGCUGCUUCUACUUCCGUCGCACCCGUAGCACCUCUCGCACCGGCCGUGCCAGCUCCGGUUGCCGCACCUGUGCCCUCCCCGCCUGCAACAGCCAUCGUGGCCGCAGACGCCCAGCAAAAUGAAGGUGGAGAAAGCAGCAAUCUGGCUCAAUUGCAGGUCAAUAAAGGUCAACCGGCACCAGCCCCCGCCGCGCCGCAUCACCUCAACAAUGGCAGCCGCUCGCAACACGCACCAGCAGACGUACAGAAGUUGCAGCAGCAACUCCAGGACAUUAAGGAACAGACUAUGUGCCCAAUAUGCUUGGAUCGUCUCAAGAACAUGAUCUUCCUCUGCGGGCACGGGAUGUGCCAGAUGUGCGGAGACCGUAUCACCGUAUGCCCCAUAUGCCGAAAACAAGUCGAGAAAAGAAUACUGCUCUAUUAAAAAAAAUACAAGAAAAAUGGUUUUAAUCUGUGUUACAUUAUCUGUGGACUACCAAACUCAGUGUUGACAAUAAUGUAAUUAAUGUGUUAUAUUACCUGUGAACUGCCAAAUUCAGUAUCGACAAUAAUGUAUUCAGUCUGUGGUUUACAGAAAUAAUGUACAACGUCUUUUCCAGUUUUUUACGUAUUGUAAUAACUACAUCUGUUUCGUUUAAAUAAUUAGAUGCAUUUAAUAUACAAAUAGAUUUAAAUUAAUGCUUAAGUUAUUUUACUUAAUUAAACUUUACUAUUGUAAGCCUAUCGUAAACUUACUUUAAGAGUUUAGUCUUGUUACUGUUUACGUUUAUUAUUAAGGUAAAAUGAAGUUUGAAAUAUUGACUUUUUGAUUAGUCGUGGAUCUAAAUCCAUGAAUAUUAACAGCUAUUUCAAUUAUAGUGAUUUUAUAUUAUUACAUGUUAAAUUAUUAUGCCUACAUUUUUUAACACACUUGAUUAGAAUAAGUAGCUUUCGCUUUAUAAGAACGAUGAAAUGACUAUCACUGAAGUCUUUAUUUAAUUACAUACGUAUAAUUAUUACUAUAAUAUAAAAUUGUAUUGCCGGUAAAAAAUCUCAAUUUCAGCGUCGUUACGACUGCAAAACGCAUUUCAGAUCAGAUCUUAAACGUAUUAAUGAUAUGUCAUGCUUAUAUUACGAAUAAAACUUCCAUUAAUAA